AUGAACUUAGGCAUCUACGAACUCAACAAGUCAACCUAUACCAAUUCUUCCUCCACCUCCUGCUCCCCUCAGCCUCGGACCGUCUCGCGCGCGACGGCAGCUGGCAGCACGCAAGCUGCUGAAAAUGGCGGCAAUGAAGACGAGCCUCAAAACCAAACUAACCAGCAUGAGAAUGGCGAUGUUCAGUGGCCAUCCAACCCUUUUGUGAUUGCGGGCUUGGACGAUGACGGUGAUGGUACGGACUCGCCUUCCCGAGCCGCUUUUCCCUCCAGCGACUUUCCACAUACGCGCAAGGAUGAGCCUUUCUCAUCGCCUACUUUUCCCGAAUCUGGCUUCAGCCCACCGGAUUCGAUGUCCACUAAUUCCUCCGAUGAUGACGGGGAAGGCAGGGUAGAUAUGAGGCGCAAGGAACGUGUUCCCCUGGAAGUUGAUGACGAUGAGGAUGACAUGGGCGAGAUGGUCGGUCCCUCACUUGGUUCUGAAAUGCUCGACUCAGAUGAAGAGGACGAAGCUAUCAUGAACGAAUCUCUAGGAUACCCAGAUCUCGGGCCUGGCCGCUACAGGAGCUUCCGAAGAUCACAGUUCGGUCCGUCUCCUUUCGGGGACGACGAUGACAAUGACAGCAGUGACGGAGAAGAUGAUGGACUGGUCGAAAUCUUAGUUCCUGGGAGAAAGUCUUCCACGACUUGA